GCGAGCCCGACGGUGACACGACGGUCGCUCAACACACGACGCCAGUCACACACGGCAAUACAUCUCAGCAGAUCACACUCGCAGGGCGUAACGUCCAUAUCUUCUCACGCGAUGUACAGUCACACACCGAACGCACCGAAACGAACAGCCACAUCUCAAACCAGCCACACGAGGAGAGGGAGGGUAAGGGUAAAGGGAAGGCUGAGAGAGAAGGAGAGGUAGAGGUUAUAAGCCAUCAGGGGGCCAAUGCCACACACACACAGGAACAAGAGGACCUACCAGAUGAGAUGUUCAAGGUCACAGCGGCGGAUCUGCGUGUGCUGCUCAGAGACACACGCAUGCACACGGACAUGGACCGGCCGUUCCAGUUUAGUACUAAGCACGGCAGUGACGAGCUCAGUAGCGAGCAGAGGGGGCAGGUGACCACGUGUAUACGGCUGAUGGUGGGUGACCACGUGGCACAGAUAGAGUUCAAAAGUACCGAACCUCUCAGCACGGUCGUGGGUACGCUGAGACUGGCGGUGGAUGCCGCGUGUAGCAAUGAAGUGAUCUUCUUCACUACCCCGCCCAGAUG